CUUUGGAACUGUAGCCUACGUCACAGAGGGCGUCUCUGUGUUCCAGCACGCCCGCCCCCUCUCCACGAGGCCUGGCCAACUGACAGUUACAAUCACCGUCUUCACCCAACGGAUUCACCCGCUUUAAACCCCCCCUUCACCUCCGUUUGUCGUGUUUUGCGGCCACGAAUGCCUUCUCCGUCCGUCAAUCACGAGGGAAAUAUCCAUGGACGCCAACCAAUUUCCCUACACCGCCUUUAAAUCCUGAACGAAAAACCAAUGUUUUCCCGGCCCCUCUCAGCUCCUGUUCGAGCCGUCCGCCUCACAAAGGAUUUGCCGACGUUCGGGAAUUCCGCGUUUCAUUCCUUUUUUUAGAACAGGAUAGACCCGCCCCUUUCUUCAUUUGUCAACACAAAGAGGAUUUGACAACACUGUUAAAGGACCGCCCAUCAUGCCCAAAUAAGGUUCAUUUGCCCAUACACGGCAAACAAUCGAUUCGAGUGUAACAUUUUCCCUUCCUUAUCCCGUUUAUAUGGUAGGUUCACUUCCGCCGUUGAUGUUAAAGCAGUGCUAUCAUGGCGGAGCGCGUUCAGCAGCCCCCAGCCAAACGGCUCUGCUGUAGACCGGGUUAUAAUACGAAUUGUAGACAGGGACAACGGGUCGGGGGUACGUUAUGUGGCGGUUCGGGUACGGCCCAAGGUGGGUCGAGCAAAACCCUGAGUCCGGAGUCUCUGUUGGAUAUCUCGGCCCGGAAAGUGGCCGAGAAGUGGCCGUUUCAACGGGUAGAGGAGCGCUUUGAACGGAUCCCGGAGCCUGUACAGAGAAGGAUCGUUUACUGGUCGUUCCCCAGGAGUGAACGGGAGAUCUGCAUGUAUUCUUCGUUCAAUACGGGGGGAGAGGAGAGUGGAACUAGCGGGGAAAAUAGUGAUGAGACGCGGCUGCCUUUCAGACGAGGUAUCGCUCUGUUGGAGAGCGGCUGUGUGGACAACGUAUUGCAAGUCGGGUUCCACCUUAGCGGAACGGUAACAGAACCGGCCACAGCGUCGGAACCCGAGCUCGUCUGCAGUGUGAGCGUCAGCUUCGACCGCUGCAAGAUCACCGCGGUAACGUGCAGCUGCGGCAACAAGGACAUCUUCUACUGCGCCCACGUUGUAGCGCUGGCCCUGUACCGUGUACGGAAGCCCGAGCAGGUCAAACUACACCUGCCCAUCUCAGAGACUCUGUUCCAGAUGAAUAGAGACCAGCUGCAGAAGUUUGUCCAGUACCUGAUAACAGUACACCACACCGAGGUGUUGCCCACUGCUCAGAAACUAGCUGAUGAGAUUCUGUCUACCAACUCUGAGAUCAACCAGGUCCACGGGGCCCCGGACCCUACGGCAGGGGCCAGUGUAGAUGAUGAGAACUGUUGGCACCUGGAUGAGGAGCAGGUUCAGGAGCAGGUGAAACUCUUCCUCUCACAGGGAGGAUACCACGGCUCUGGGAAACAACUCAACCUGCUCUUCAGCAAGGUGAGAGAGAUGUUGAAGAUGCGUGACUCCAACGGUGCCAGGAUGUUAACGCUGAUCACAGAACAGUUUAUGGGCGACCCUCGUCUGGCUCUGUGGAGGCAACAGGGAACCACCAUGACUGACAAAUACAGACAGCUGUGGGAUGAGCUAGGUGCCCUGUGGAUGUGUAUUGUGCUCAACCCCCACUGUAAGUCGGAGCAGAAGUGUGUGUGGCUGAGACAGCUGAGACGGUGGAACGGUGUUGACGUGUGUCCCUGGGAGGACGGAAACCACGGCAACGAACUGCCCAACCUCACACACGCACUGCCGCACGGCAACCCAGACUCGUCGUCUCGUCCUCACAGGACAGUGUUUACGAGGGCCAUCGAGGCCUGCGACCUGCACUGGCAGGACACGCACCUGCAGCGCAUCAUCACACAUGACCUCUACACGCACUCACACGCACACUGUCACCACGACAACCAUGGCAGUGCAGGGGCACUGUUCGACGCCCGUGGCUGGCCCCUCUGGCACGAGCACAUCCCUACAGCGUGUGCGAGGGUGGAUGCGCUGCGGUCACAUGGUUAUCCCAGGGAAGCCUUGCUGUUGGCCAUCGCUAUCGUCAACACUCUCAUACGGCAGCAACAGAAACAUCUUGAGCUCUUCCGCAGCCACAAAAAAGAGCUGCUCCAUAAAGGCAUGACAUCUGUCACCAACAUGGAGGGCUGGGUGGGACACCCCCUGGACCCUAUAGGCACUCUGUUCAGCACCCUACUGGACACGGGACGGGGAGACGAGGAGGGGCGCAACGCCUUCCUCGACUUCUCAGGCUCUGUGAGUUCAGCCAAAAGGUCGGAGCCCCACCUCUUCCCAGCACAACGCUUACUGGACGAUGGCCAAUCGUUCGUAGCACUGGCCGUAGAGACGGCUCUGAUCGGCUUAGGGCAACAGAGGGUGAUGCCCGACGGCCUAUAUGCCCAGGAGAAGGUGUGUCGCAACGAAGAGCAGCUAUUGGCCAAGCUCCAGGAAGUGGAACUGGACGACGCACUGGUCAAGAUCUUCCGCAAGCAAGCAAUCUUCCUGCUAGAGGCUGGUCCAUACAGUGGUCUAGGAGAGUUGCUCUACAGAGAGAGUGUUCCCAUGCAUACCUUUGCCAAGUAUCUCUUCACCUCCCUACUACCUCACGACACUGAACUGGCGUACAAAAUUGCACUGAGAGCCAUGAGGUUACCGGUCCUGGAAUCCAUGGCUCCAUCAGGUGAUCUGUCCAGACCUCACCAUAUAGUGUCAAUGGUCCCCAACCGCUACCCUCGCUGGUUCACUCUGUCUCAUAUAGAGUCACAACAAUGUGAACUGGCCUCCACCAUGCUCACCGCAGCCAAAGGUGACGGGCGUAAGUUAGAAACAGUGUUAGAGUCCAUCCAGAAGAACAUCCACUCCUCGUCUCACAUCUUCAAACUGGCUCAGGACGCCUUCAAGAUCGCUACUCUGAUGGACAGUCUACCGGACAUCACACUGCUCAAGGUCUCACUGGAGCUGGGUCUUCAGGUGAUGAGAAUGACUCUGUCCACGUUGAACUGGAGGAGGAGAGAGAUGGUACGGUGGCUUGUCACCUGUGCCACAGAAGUUGGUGUGUAUGCGUUGGACAGCAUCAUGCAGAGUUGGUUCACCCUGUUCACCCCGACCGAGGCCACCAGCAUCGUGGCCACCACCGUCAUGUCCAACACCACCAUCGUCCGCCUGCACCUGGACUGUCACCAGCAGGAGAACCUGGCCUCCUCCGCCCGGACCCUGGCCCUGCAGUGUACCAUGAAGGACCCCCAGAACUGUGCCCUCUCCGCCCUCACGCUCUGCGAGAAGGACCACAUCGCCUUCGAGACGGCCUACCAGAUUGUCCUGGACGCGGCCGUCACGGGGAUGAGCUACACACAGCUGUUCACGAUAGCCAGGUAUAUGGAGCACAGAGGAUAUCCCAUGAGGGCCUACAAGCUGGCCACGCUAGCCAUGGCCCACCUUAACCUCAGCUACAACCAGGACACCCACCCAGCUAUCAACGACGUGCUGUGGGCCUGCGCUCUGAGCCACUCUCUGGGGAAGAACGAGCUGACUGCCGUCAUCCCCCUGGUGGUGAAGAGCGUGAAGUGCGCCACUGUGCUGUCAGACAUUUUGAGACGGUGCACGUUGACUACGCCGGGCAUGGUGGCGCUGCACAGCCGCAGGAACUCUGGGAAGCUGAUGUCGCUGGACAAGGCGCCGCUCAGGCAGUUGCUGGACGCCACUAUCGGGGCCUACAUCAACACCACGCACUCUCGCCUCACGCACAUCAGCCCGCGCCACUACAGCGAGUUCAUAGAGUUCCUUAGUAAGGCCAGAGAGACGUUCCUCAUGGCCCAGGACGGACACAUCCAGUUUACCCAGUUCAUAGACAACCUCAAACAGAUCUACAAGGGCAAGAAGAAACUCAUGAUGCUCGUACGGGAGAGGUUCGGUUGACGAAAGACGAAACGUUAAAAAAACUAUUGUGAUUGGUCGAUGAAUCUAUGGAGAUUGAGAGCGAUCACGGCCCCUUUUACUUGAUCCCGCCUUUGUAUCCUUUUGUAACUUAAAAAGUGACGGAAAAAAACGGAAAAACGGAAAGAAAAAACAGAAAACAAGAAAAACGAAACGACUAAAAACAAACAAGAAAAGGCCACAUCGGUAUUAAUGUGUAUAUAGACCCUAUUUAGUUCACAAACAAACAAAAAAAGAACAUUUGUUGUGGAUGUGUGUGUGUGUGUGUGUGUGUGUGUGUGUCCCUUUAUAUGUAUGAAGGAGUGUGAGAGAGAGAGAGAGAACUAAAAAUACAAUCUUUUGGUUUACACUGAGUAUAUGUUGUCCAGUGGCGAGAUGUCCUCAUAGCACUCCUGUUCCCCUUCUGUUAAACGCUCACAGAGACAAACACGGCUUAAACCAAACGGAGCAACUCCAUCAGACGUGAAAAGUACCUCGUACGGACCCAGCUUUACUCCCCCCUUGUCCUCACCCCUCCCUCCCCACUCAGUGUAGUCAAAGUGUGCAAACGGUAGACGUAAAAGAACAACACAAACAAACAGUUCAGUUCACAUUUCACAGUUUUUCCUUUUAUUUACUGUUUUUGUUUCUUGAGUAACAGUGAUCACCAACUCCAGUCUGACUGUCUGCCAUGGCUUUGCAGUGUUGUUCACCCUGAUGCUACACACACACACACUAAACAAGCAAAUAAACACAGAAAAACACACCCACACUCAAACUCACGCGGUUGCAGGAACACUGUAAACACACCCUCGCAGAAAACACACACUUAUACUGUCAUAGUGCUUGCGCUUGUGGAAAACUUAGCAACUGUCAACAUACAUUCUCAGGGAUUUCUCUAAAAAAAAGGAAAGUGAAAAAAGAAAGAGUGAGAGCAUUUUAUUGUACUGUGUAUAUAUAAUAGUAUAUGUCUGAAUAGUGAAAAACAAAUGUAUACGUUAACUAAUUUAUAAAUAAUAUUCUAUGUAAUGCAAAAUACUUGAAGCUGCAGUACCUUGGUUUUUUAUAGCAAAAACAUAUCAGAAGGACAAUUAAAAUGUGUCGCCUUGCGUUGCAUCAUCAGGGGCCAGGACAAAGGUCAAAGGUUAGGGGUCACUUCAGUAGGACUGUUAGCUGGGUGACCCCGCAGAGACAGACAGACAGACUGACUGACACCCACUGGACUGCUUGACAGGAACUGGCUGUUUGCAAAACAGGACAUGGAUGUUGUAUUUUGUAUGGACCAGCAAAAUAUAUGUAUCCUCCAGUUGUAGACACAGUUUCAUUGGGCACCGCAGAAGAAGAGGAAAGAGAGAGACUUCCCAGGAGCCAGAUCAGUGAGCCUUAGCAUUACAGAUGUAGAACAAGGGCCCAGUGCCUAUGAAGCCGUCAAAUGUAGAUCUGACAAAACCCCUGACUCUUUACUAAUAAUCAGCGUAAAAAUUUGGCCUGACCACGCCUCGUGUCUCUUUCCGCAGUGAUCAAGUUACAAAAAUGAAGCUCCAUUAUAUGCACAACAACCAACCAACAACAUGUACAUGCCUCCACAACCAACCAACAUGUACAACAUGCCUCUUCUGCUGACUCCCUGACUUUGUGCAGGACAGAAAGUUGCUAUGUAGGUCUUGACUGUUCCAACUUUUUUUUACGCUUUUUUUAUUUUUAUGUUUCUCUCUUUUUGAAUUUUUUUAUUUUCUCUCUAGAAUUCCUCAACGAGAACAGCCUUCUUUCUUGCCUUGUCUUAAUGCUUUAAAACAACCAAACGGGAGUUCUAACUACCAAACUUCGUUCAUUAAAUUUAAAAAGCCAACCAACUUUGGUUACAACUUUUAGUGUCUUUAAUUUUUAGCUGAAUGGUUUUGUGUUCAGUGCUUUGAAAAUCCCUUCUCCUCUGUUUGUUUUUGGGUGCAGAAACGUUGUCUAGUGUCUCUUGUCCCCUCCUCCCCUAGAGGUUUGUCCGUAGUUCCUUUUGUCCAGAGGCAGAAAUAUAAUUCAUAUUCCAUUUUAUUUAUUAUGAUAGGUAAACGAUUGUACUUCAACAGUGUCAGCAUUGCUCAUGAAGUUGAAAUUCAGAUUUGAUACACCGAUAUCAAUUUAUUUAUGUAACUAAAUCACUGUUUUAUAAACUUGUUAAUGAUUCAACUUUUUUUUGUUUUAAUUAAAAUUAGUUUUUUGAGAGGA